AUGUCUGAUCUAGUUAACAAGAUGGAAAAUCUGAGCGUUAAAGAGUCCAAUGGGUCCAACAGCUCAUAUGUCCCCCCACACAUGCGUGGCAAGAGAGGUGGCAGCCGUGGAGGAGCUACUUUCGCCAACAGCGACAGAGACGGUGGUUCUUGCUCCUACUUCAGCGGCGGCGGCAGAGGCCGUGGUGGCAGCAGAAACGGAUCGUCGUUCUUUGGCGGCAGAAACAACGGCGGUGGCUCCGGCUAUGGCGGCGGCAGAGGCGGUGCUACUCGUGGUGUAGGUCGCUGGUCAAGCGGGAAGCACAUUCCAGCCGCUGUCGAUGAGGCCUUGGAACUACAGCUUUUUGGUACUGCUGAAGAUACCAACUUCCAGUCCUCCGGUAUCAACUUCGACCACUACGAUGACAUCCCAGUGGAGGCCUCCGGUAACGAUGUUCCUGAGCCUAUCUCGGAGUUUACUUCGCCUCCUCUAGACGCUUUGCUUUUGGAAAACAUUGUCAAGGCGCGUUUCACGAAACCCACUCCCGUCCAGAAGUACUCGGUCCCUAUCAUCGCUGCCAAGCGUGAUUUGAUGGCCUGUGCCCAAACUGGUUCCGGUAAGACCGGUGGUUUCUUGUUCCCCGUUUUGUCCGAAUCUUUCGCCAACGGUCCAGCUGAAAUCCCCGAGCAAAUGGCUAACUCAUACAUCAAGAAAGCGUUCCCUACCGCGGUCGUUUUGGCUCCUACCAGAGAACUGGCCACUCAAAUUUACGACGAAGCCAAGAAGUUCACCUACAGAUCCUGGGUUAGACCCUGUGUUGUUUACGGUGGUGCUGACAUCGGCAGUCAAAUCAAAGAAUUGACUCGUGGUUGCGACUUGCUUGUCGCCACUCCAGGUCGUUUGUCCGAUUUGCUAGAACGUGGCAGAAUCUCGCUAUGCAACAUCAAGUAUUUGGUUUUGGACGAAGCCGAUAGAAUGCUGGAUAUGGGUUUCGAACCUCAAAUUAGACACAUUGUCGAUGGCUGUGACAUGCCUUCGGUGGACAACAGACAAACUCUCAUGUUUUCCGCUACUUUCCCAAUGGAUAUUCAACAUUUGGCCCGUGACUUCUUGAAGGACUACGUCUUUUUGUCCGUUGGUAGAGUCGGUUCCACUUCCGAAAACAUUACCCAGCAUGUUCUUUACGUUGAAGACAUGGACAAAAAAUCCGCUCUUUUGGAUCUGUUAGCCGCCUCUGACGACGGUUUGACUCUGAUUUUCGUCGAAACCAAGAGAAUGGCUGACGCUCUAACCGACUUUUUGAUUAUGCAAAACUUGAGCGCUACUGCCAUUCACGGUGACCGUUCUCAAAUUGAACGUGAGCGUGCUUUGGCUGCUUUCAGAUCUGGUAGAGCUUCUUUAUUGGUAGCCACUGCCGUUGCCGCUAGAGGUUUGGAUAUUCCAAACGUCACACACGUUAUCAACUACGACUUGCCAAAUGAUAUCGAUGACUACGUUCACAGAAUUGGUAGAACUGGUCGUGCUGGUAACACCGGUGUUGCCACUGCCUUUUUCAACAGAGGUAACAAAAACGUUGUCAAGGAGAUGAUCGAAUUGCUAACUGAAGCUAAGCAAGAUGUUCCUGAAUUUUUGGAACAGCUAUCGAGAGAAAGCUACGGUUCCAGAGGUGGCAGAGGCGGUGGCUUCUCCAGCAACCGUAGCAACAGCACCAGAGAUUACCGUCGUGUUGGUGGAGCCCCAAGUGGUGGAUCCUCUUACGGCGGUAGAGGAGGUGGCUCUACAGGUGGCGCUAGAGGCGGCUCCUCGUGGGGCUCCUCUUGGGGCAGUUCUGGCAAUGGCAACUCCUGGGGCAACACUGGUAGCAGUGGUAACUCCUCCGCCAGCAAUUCCUGGUGGUAA